AUGGAGCUGCUUCACAAUCCAUCUCAUCAACCCCCCCUGCCCUUGUCCCCUGCCCUUUCCCCCCUGCCCGUUUCCCCUGCCCUUUCCCACCUGCCCGUUUCCCCUGCCCUUUCCCCCCUGCCCACUCUCCCCUCCCAGCUCAAGCAAGCGAUAAAGUCACAGUACCCCGAUAAGGUCUUCACCACUGAUUUUGUGCCACGCCAUUCCAACAACCUGGGCGCUGUUGACACUGAAGCCUCACGUCGCCCAGCUGGGAUGGUAGCCCCAGAUGCAGAAUACACUGACGCCAACAUUACUGCUGCGGCCACCAAUGCCACCAGCACCACUAUUGAGAAGGACAAGCAGGAAGAGGCUCGGCUUGAGUUGCAUACGUUUGCUGGAUCUACUGCGGUGGAUCUAAUGCUGGACAAUUAG